AUAAUCACAUCUACCAGAGAGCAUGCUCUAUAUUUGUGGAUUUAUAUUGACCCAAAUGCAAACGCAACUGCGGUAGCCAGGGUAGUUGCUAAUUUACAAAGUCAUGUUGAUUAUGUUUCACCUCCUGCGGAUGUUAAUGAAAAUAACAAAAUUGUAGCGGGUAUUGGUUUUGGAAACAAUUUUUAUAAAAAGGUUUAUUUUAUCAUACCAACAGCAACACCUCGCGAUUUUCCAUUAGUCACGAGAAGAGGAGUUCUCGGGGUUCUUCCAGCAACCGGUGGCGAUGUUUUCAUCCAUGCUAAAAGCAACAGCAAAUCAAAGCUGUUUGAACUGACGGAACGAAUCAAGAGUCAACUUCCUAAUAACAGUAUGGAUUCCUUUGAAGAUGUCUACGGCUGGGUCUACAAAAAUGGAAGAGAUUUGUCGGGAUUCAUAGAUGGCACAGAAAAUCCAAGCGAGCUGGAAGAAAGAAAACAAGUGGCAGUUGAGCGUUCUACAGGCGGAAGUUUCACAAUUACGCAGAAAUGGUUACACAAUAUGAAAUUCAUUCAUUCACAAAGUGAUGAAACGCUGGAAAAGUUUGUGGGUCGUACGAAAAAUGACAGCCUGGAACUGUCACCUCUGCCAAGAUGUUCCCAUGUCGCAAGGAUGGUCAACAGUACUGAGCCAGGUGCGCUUGCCCCGUUUAAAAUAGUUCGACAGUCCCAACCAUACGGCACUGUAUCGGAAGAGUCGGGACUUUUUUUUAUUGCCUACGCUAACGACACUCGCAAUUUUGAAUAUCAAUUGGACAACAUGGUGGGGAAAUCAAGCAGUGGAUCAGAUAGCGGAUGUGCUGAUGACAUUAUGAGAAUAUCAAAAGCUUUAUCAGGCAAUUAUUGGUACUUCCCAGGAGUUGAGGAAUUGAAGAAAAUGCUUUAA